UGGCCACAGGUCCUGAGUGCACUGAGCUGCUCCAAGGUCCUGGGCUCCCCAGACAUCUCCCGCCUCCCCUCACAUUGUUGGCAGCCGCUGUCUUGGUUUCCAUGUGACACAUGGGGCCACCAGAGGACCCGGACUAGCAGGUGGGAAAGGAGAGGAGAAGUGCACAGGGUGGAGGUCACGGUGCUCCACCCAUCUGUGUCCUCCCCGAGGGAACUGCCUUUAGGGCAGGAGGCAGCCUCCACCAGUGUCAGAGCCCAGAAGGGAGGACGAGGAAGGAGGCAGCUUGUUCGAGUGCAGGGAGCCCUGAGCUAAGCGGGCAGUUCCAGGCUCUCGCCCAGGAGCUGUCUUUAUGAACUGUGGGCGAGAGAGUGAUCUUCGCUUUCUCCAUUACUGUCUCCUCAUGUGUCUAUCAAGUAACCUGUCAUAGCUGUGGUGAUCACAUGCGGAAAGUUCACGAAUGCACUUCAGAAGAAUAAAGCCCCUGACUGUGUGGAGUUGCAUGAGGUAUUGGAUGUAGUAGGCCUUGGAGUGGAACGUCGUUCAGACUGAAACACUUUUCAUACAGACGGCAAGUCCAUAACACUGACGUCCACUUGGGGACCCAUGAGUCCACAUGUGCAGGGACUUGGGACCGGGUGAUUGUGCUGUCCUCGGGGCAAGGAGGAGACUCUACGUGAGCACUGGGAGCACACAGGGCCUGCGCCUGUGGCAUGCCUGUGGCACCUGCAAGACACUGUUCACAGAAGUCAGAUCGAAACUGGACAGACAUCCACGGAUCUGGACAAGAGACAGUUUAAACUUUUGCCCAGUCUCAGUCAUGGUGAGCCUCCGAAUCAGAGACACUCCCUGCUGGAUCUGACAUCCAUACCACAACAGUUCUCAAGGGCAGUGCCCUGGAGCUUCAGAACAAGAGUUAGUCAUGCAUAGAUAAUUAUGUCGCUAGGGCAUAUAAGCCACUGUGUUUAUAGUGGUGAUGUGGGAGCUCGCUGACGGGAGAUUUCUGAAUUUCUUUGCAGAAGAUGAGGAGGAGGAGGAGGAGGAUGAACAAGCAGAAGAAUCCCUCACCACCAGGUAACAAUGAAUACUGGGGACCCGGUAAUGUGUGGGUGAAAAAGGAUAGGGACUCAGAAAGAACAGUAGGUGAGGUCACAAGAGUCCAGGUGGCAGAUGCAGGGAUCAGCAGAGCUGCAGAUGGUAGUGAUUGAAUUCCCUCAGCGGCAAAUGGCCCUGUUCCCUCGGUUGUCUGCUGUCGCGGGGCUGCUUGUCUGGGGAGCCCCAGAUGAACUCAGCAGCCUUAGGAUUCCCCGUACGCACAAAGUACCCGUUCUCUCCUGUAAAUGAACACCAAGAGGAGACGCAUGUCUACACAGUUCUCAAAGGUCCCUGGUAGGAAGGUAACCAGCAAAGGAACUGAUAGACAGACAGCUGGCAAAAUUAACACGGAAUUACCUAACCAAAACCAAAAAGUUGGGGUGUCAUGUGACACUAUGAAUAGAAAAGUGCCUGGAGGACACAAGUUUCUGCAGGGAACAGUGACUCAGGAGCUGUAACCGCUUGAUCAGUCUAUGUUAAAUUCAACAUGACUCAGGCACGUGGCGGUUGCCCCUGGCAUGGACUCCCAUUGGUCCUUCGUCUCGUGACUGUACCAUACUGGGAUGGUCGAGUCUCAUUCCUCAUUGCUCGUUAUGUGGCCAGUGGACUGAGUAUCUAUCUGUUGUUGCUUCUCUCCCACCCCUUCCUGGCCACACUCUGCCUCUUGUAGGAUAACCUUUUCUCUCUCAAGGCUAUGGUCCCUUUCCUUUCUGCGACCACUCCCUUGCCUCCCAUCAACACCAGCUAGGUAGCAAGCCAUGGUGUCUGAUCCUCCUGGUUUCCUCUUCCGUCGUUCUUGCCCCACCUGGCACAGCAUGGAGCUUCCGGAAGCUGAAAAGAAGGAAGUCCUCCAGGACACGCUGAAUGAAUGUGUUUUGACUCCUUCCAUUGGCCAAGAAGGGCGUGACUGCUACCAGCCUUACAGGGAUGGCACGUUCCCAUCGGAUAAACAGGAAUUCGGCUCUGCUCUGGAUGUAGCCUGUGAAUGCUCCCAUUGCAAAGGGGAUGAAACUCCACCCGGUUCCCCAGACAACCAAAUUGGUCACGAGGGGCUGAAAGGGCGAGAGUCAGAUGCCCCCAGGCUCAGUAGACAGCUGCUAGAGGUGGUGGAGGAGGAAAUCACAUGGGACUCUCUGGAUGAACGCUACUGGACAUAAUUCGGUUCUUCCUGACCUGUCUGACUCCUACUGGCCUUACGGGAGCACCGCCGUCUUCUCCCCUGAGGAACUGGAAGUCUCUUCUGCUCUGGAAAUGGCCAAAAAUCAGACCCAUCAAGAGGAGGAACAAGACCAAGACCUGACAUGCGCCAGGUUCGGCAGGGAGCUGCAGGAGAGUGCAGAGCAGGAUGUCCAACAGGACUCACUGGAUGAACGCUAUUUGACUUACUCAGCUCUUCCUGACCCAUCUGAUUCCCCCUGGACACACAGGAGGGCCAACAGCAACUCAUAUGAGGAUCUGGAUGUCUGUCCUGCUCUGGAAGCAGCUAACAAUCAUAAUGAUCUUUGUGAUGAAGAAGACCAGGACCCGACAUGCCCCAGCAACACCAGGCUCUGCAGGGAGCUGCCAGUGGCCCCAGAGGAUGAAGUCCCACAGGACUCAGUGGGGGAAUGUAAUUUGACUCCUUCUGUUGGCCAUGACCUGUCAGACACCUAUAGGCCUUAUAGGAGUGCCUCAUUCACCUUUGAUAAACAGGAAGUCUUCAUGGGCGUGGAUGUAGAUGCCCCAAUGCAGGUGCCCGGACCCCAAGGGCCAUCGAGUGGAAACUUGACUUUCCCAAGGACGGAGGUGCAAGCUUCACAAGCACCGCCACAGUCAGAUACCCAGGUGGCCAAUUCUGUGCCAGGGCAGCCGGACCAGCAGUUGGCUUGUGGUGACCGCAGAGCCAGGCUCCGCCUCUCCCCCGCCAUCAGGAGACUGGUAGCCACGAUGGUUUCUGGGAGCCAACGGCCGCUCUUCCAAGAGCAGGGUUUGGAAGCUUCCAUGGGUGUGAAGAACCCUCCCAAGCUGGAGGGUGACGCUGCUGAGGGCUCGGUGGCCAACCAGUGUGCAGGUCAAGUCUUUGGCCACAUUAAUGCCCUGGGUGUGAUGAAACAGAAGAUGAUCAAGAGAAAAGUGCAGUUCGGCGAGGGCAGACUCGCGUGCAGAUUCCGUGGCCUUCAAGCUUAGGGCACAGAGAUACCAAGGACUCCAGGAACUAAGAAAAGAUACUCCUCAUUUAAACGAACCCCCAUCAUAAAACCCCAUCAUUCUCCACUUGCUGAAAAGAACUCUAAAGCAGCAAAUCAAGCUCAAGCCCAAACAGAACAUGCCAGGGGUCCUUUGCUGAGAAUCGACAUCUCGAUCACAAGCCACUCUCUGGGAUUUUUACUCCAAAAGUCUGGUUUGAUGAGAGGAAUUCUAGCUCUUCUGACUCCAGUCGUGAUAAGUCGCCGAGGCAGCCAAUGCCCAGACCACACGCCCUUGUGAGACACCUUCAGUCUGGCUCCUCUCCAUUCCAUCCUGCGGAUAAGCGGAGGCUGGAGCAACGUGGCAAUAGACCCCAUGUCCAACUGGACAUUCUGGGCCACCCGCUGGGCUGUGCCAGGAGCAGACAGCAUUAACUACGCAGCGUUCUUGCUGAAGAGGCUUAGCCUGAAUCUGAGCACGAGGUAGGGAUCGGACAACUGCAGAAUUUCGACCAUGGAACAAGACAUCGGGCCUGUCUUUCUUCAAACAGCCAGUGUCCACAGCACAAAUAAGACGACAAAAAGGAGAAGAGAUAUCUUGGGUUCCAAAGGACUCAGAAGAUUGUGCUAUCGUAAUUUUGUAGUCCUUUCGAACCCCAAACAUCUCCUCACCUUUCUGUGGCUGUCUCUGGUGGUGGUGACACUUCCUUGUCUGUAGGGGACAGGCCAGAUGUCUGGCUUGAUGGUCUACAUCCUGAAGGUGUCUGAUCACUUCCUCCUGAUUAAAUUCAGGCUAACCUUUUUCCCAGGCGUUCCCUAGUGAAUGCUGUGUGUGUCCCAGGUCCGCCCACCCAGAGACCCAGAGCGUCCAGUCUGCCAUCACCAUCAUUGUGAGAGCAGCACUGGUUGCCUUCUAUGGGGGGCCUAUCAGAUCGUUCAUGGUCUUCUGUUUGGGUGUGACAUCUGAGAAUGUGUGAAGAUGCUCUGUCUAAAGUCUGUCUCUACAAUGUUACCAUCUUUUAGUGAUCCCUGCAGUGUGUCACAACCGUAUCUGUUUGUAUGUUGGAAAAACUCUAGUUGUAUCAUCCUUGUGUAUGUGUAUUUGCUGGCAUUGUGCUGUGGAAAAGAACACUCCCUCCCCGUUCUAUAUCAUUAAAGUGUUUAUUUUGACAAUCA